UGCACCGCAGCCUUGCGGACGACCAUUCCUAAGACGUACUCGAGAAUACCGCAAGUCGUCGCGUGACGCAGUGGCUCGGCACCAUGGGUCUUGUGAACCGCUGGUACCAGACCUGUGCAGUCUUCUCCUCGCUCGUGCUCUGCACGCACGCGUUCUACCUCCCGGGAGCUGCGCCACAUGACUAUCAUGCAGGCGAUCAAGUCAACUUGCUGGUAAACGCACUCACUCCGAUGCUUGCGGGGAGUGACAAUGCAAAGAUAAAAUCCAUGAUAAACUACGACUACUACAACGAUGGAUUUGAUUUCUGCCAACCUCAUGAUGGGCCAAAGAAACAAGCCGAAUCUCUCGGAUCCAUCUUGUUUGGAGACAGAAUUUUCAAUUCGCCAUACAACAUCAAAAUGCUCGAAGACAAUGCGACAUGUCAAACGCUGUGCCGUAAACUCAUCCGAGCGGGGGGCGCCAAGUUUAUCAAUGACCGGAUACGGGAGGACUACGCGUUGAACUGGCUGAUAGACGGCCUUCCCGCCGCCGAAUUGAAGUAUGACCCAAAGACCAGCGACCUAUUCUUUGACAUGGGUUUCAAUCUCGGAAAUGAUGAAGAUGAAUUCGCCGAGACGCCCGCGCUUAAUAACCACUAUGACAUCGUGCUCAAGUAUCACAGCCCCCGCCCAGAUGUUUAUCGAGUAGUCGGUGUGCUGGUAUGGCCGUCGAGUCUCGGAGGAGAUCAGGACGCCGAACCGGACUGCAACGCCGUUGACAGUGGCCCCGCUUUGAUUCUAAGCGAGGAGUCGGCGACGAGGAUACGAUAUUCGUAUCGAGUGAUGUGGAACGAAUCUGAUACUCCUUGGGCAACCAGAUGGGACAAUUACCUUCACAUCUUCGAUCCUCGCAUCCACUGGUUUAGUUUAAUCAACUCCUUGGUUAUUGUUGUCUUCCUUUGCGUGAUGGUGUCCAUGAUCCUUCUGAGAACCGUUUCGCGAGAUAUCAGUCGUUACAAUGCGAUAGACCUGAGUGAAGACGUCCAGGAAGAUUGGGGUUGGAAACUAGUCCACGGAGAAGUCUUCCGCACACCGCAGCAUACUAUGACCUUGUCCGUGCUCGUCGGUAACGGCGCACAGCUCAGUGCAAUGGUCGCAGUGACGCUUGUGUUUGCCCUACUUGGUUUCCUGUCACCUUCUAAUCGGGGAUCGCUCGCUACGGUCAUGAUGAUUUGUUGGACAUUCUUCGGGUGUGUUGGAGGAUACUUCUCUUCCCGAGCCUAUGCAUCUACAGGAGGCACUAACAAACGCAAAAAUACUUUCCUAACAGCUGUGCUCUUGCCAACCAUCGUCUUCUCCGUGAUGUUCCUCCUCAACUUUCUCCUGCUAACGGCCGGAUCGUCCGGUGCUGUGCCCUUUGGCACUAUGGUACUGAUUGCUCUCCUUUGGUUCGGCAUCUCUGCGCCACUGUCCGCGGUUGGCUCCUACUUCGGUUCUAAGCACGGGGCUAUCAGGCAUCCCGUUCGAGUCAACCCCAUUCCGCGACAGAUACCUCCGGUACUGUGGUAUCUGCGACCAUGGGCUUCGACAUUGUUUGCCGGCAUCCUGCCCUUCGGUGCUGCAUUCGUUGAGCUGUACUUCGUGAUGUCCAGCCUCUUCGCAUCGCGGGCGUACUACGCCUUCGGCUUCCUUGCGUUGACAGCCGGCGUCACGGCGCUCACGACUGCGACCGUCUCGAUCCUGUUCACCUACUUCCUUCUUUGCGCAGAAGAGUACCGGUGGCACUGGCGCGCCUUCCUAACAGGCGGAGGCAGUGCGUUCUGGCUUCUGGCCUACGGCCUGUUCUACUGGGCCUCGCGCCUGUCGCUCGGCUCCUUCCAAAGCGCAUGCCUGUACUUGGGCUACCUGCUUUUGAUCGUAUUAUUCGACUUCCUUGUCACGGGGACGAUUGGCUUCCUCGCGGCGUACUGGGCUGUACGGAGGCUCUACGGUGCGAUACGUGUAGAUUAGGCACCCUGACUCUGGGCCGCCUGCAUAGACCCUAACUUGACCAUGAUGUGGACGUGGUUCUUGGACCUCGCUACUUUUCCUGCACUAGCCCUCGCUACUAUUCGAUACCCUCUGGUCAUUCUCUCUGGUGCUGCCACCACGAAACACACACUGACGACGCUAUGCCUCGUUCGUGACCAACACAAGACGUUUCUUUGUCCCGGCACUGAGAAUGGCUAUGCGGCCGUCGAUGAGGUCGUCCGCACUGAGCAUGUAUGCAGGGUUUGGCACGACCUGGCUGUUAAUAUACAGGCCCUUGUUCCUGACGAGGUCGC